CGGGGAAGGAGUUAAGUGGCUGACCAGCUGCCGCCUGUGAGGCACUGAAUUCCUCCCCAUACAGCCCAGCAGCCAGCACAGGGACAGGCUAUAUUUAGAGGGCUGAUAAAGGCUUGGUGCCGACAGUUGUCCUGCCCCUCGAUGAAGAAAGCACAGGGAGAGAGGGGGGCAGUGGGUUUCUCUCCCUCAUACAGCUCCCUGCCAGGUUUCCUGCCCCGCUUUCAGAGCUCCUUCGCUGUGCCACAACUGGGACAUAGCCUUUCAUCCAGGCACAGGUGCAGAGCCUCCCUCAGCUGCCAUGGCCAGCGGUGGGGAUUCAGACAGCGAGCAGGUGGUGCCUGAUGAAGAGAAGGAUGGCCCAGACGUGAAAGCAGUGCAGGCCCACUACCUGCGCAGCCCUUCGCCCAGCCGGUAUUCGAUGAUAUCAGAUGCUGAUACGGAGAGCAUUUUCAUGGAGCCUAUCCACCUGUCAUCUGCUGUGGCUGCCAAACAAAUAAUCAGUGAAGAACUGAAGACAAAGCACAUCAAGAUAGAUGCAGUGUGUCCCAAGAUGUUAGAGUCUGCACAGCAGUUGAUGGUGGAAGACCUGUACAACCGAGUUAAAGAAAAGAUCGACGACACCAGCUUGUUUAACACUCCAUGUGUCAUGGACUUGCAGAGGGCACUUGUAAAGGACAGGCUGGAGACUCCAAGAGAUGCUGUGGAUGAAGUCUGGCCUAAUGUCUUCAUAGCGGAAAAGAGUGUUGCAGUGAACAAAAGCCGUUUGAAGAGACUGGGCAUUACACAUGUCUUGAAUGCAGCUCAUGGUACAGGUGUAUACACAGGACCAGAUUUCUACAAUGGUCUAAAUAUCCAAUACAUGGGCAUUGAAGUGGAUGAUUUUCCAGAUAUGGAUAUCUCCAAACACUUCCAUCCAGCUGCAGAGUUCCUGGAUGAAGCACUGUUGACUUACAGAGGAAAAAUCCUUGUCAGCAGUGAAAUGGGAAUCAGUCGCUCAGCUGUGCUGGUGGCUGCUUACCUGAUGAUCUAUCACCAUAUGACCAUUCUGGAGGCUCUGAUGACUCUGAGAAAGAAGCGUGCCAUUUACCCCAAUGAUGGCUUCCUCAAGCAGCUAAGAGAGCUUAACGAGCAAUUACUGGAGGAACGAGAGUUGGAUCAUACUGGAGACGAAGAUGUCACUCCUAGUCAAAGUCCUGUCACCCGCCCAGGGACAUCUUCCCGGCUGUCUGGAGCUGAGGACUCUGAAAGUGUCAUAGGACCCAAAGCACACUCCAUCACAGUAGAAGAAGAAGACAACAGCAGCAUGCUGAGUAGUUUUAUGAGUUCUUCAUCAGUGGGAAAAACUAGCUGGGUUUCCAAACGCUCUACCCUCAUCAGUGAGGAGGAAGAGGAACAAUUAUAUGAGGAAUGGAGGAAGAAACAAGGCCUGCCUGCAAAGGAAUCAGCAAGUGACCAGGGGAAAAGAGUGUCUUCGAGGCUUCAGGCUCAGGAAGGGGAGCAAUAUGAGGAGGAUGUGGAACGGAGGAUCCAUGACUGGCAGCGCAGAAAUGAGAGAUACCAAAUGGAGGGUCCACCCACAGAGGAGGAUGGAAAUUCUAACAUGGGAGGAAGACCUUACCGAUCAGGUGAAUUUAGUGAUGAUGAGAGUGUGAGCAGUUUUGAGAUCCGAACCCUAAAGCGACAGUUGGAAGCCAGCAGCUUUAGCAGGAUGAGGAGGAGUCGCACAGACUCUAUGUCUUCAGAGAGCACUUGGGACAUGUGGAACCAGAGGCUGAUGGAGAUUGAGAAGGAAGCUGUUCAGAGGUAUCAUUCUAAGAAUAAGAACGGUGGGGAGAGACAAUCCCCAGAAACAGGAAGAAAGGAGAGGGAUGUGGAUGAGGAAAGCGUGUUGUCAGACUGUAGCUCCUUCUACAAUUUCUGCCAAAGGAACAAAGACAAGCUGACUCCUCUAGAAAGAUGGAAGAUCAAGAGAAUCCAGUUUGGCUUUCACAAGAAGGAUUUAGAAUCAUCAUCCUCCUCUGCACCAUCUCCAGCAGAAGAUGGCAGCCAGACUGGUGAGGAGGGGACUGAAGGGAGGAAUUUGUCAGAUGUUAACCUGAGUGCUUACCAGGCUUGGAAAAUGAAGCGGCAGAAGAAGGUGAGCUCUGAAAGCAAGGAGGAAUUUGUGGAGUUUGCCAAAGGUGAUGAUUCUGCUUCAGCUAAAAAGAAGCAGAGGCGUGUAGAGCUCCUUGAACGUUCAAAGAAAAUUUUAGAAGAAAGCCAGUCCAUGUGCAGCUGGGAGACAGACAGUACAAUGAGUGGGAGUAUCCCGUUGUCUGCUUUCUGGGCCUCAGCGCCUUCUGCGAAUGGUGCUGAGGAUGCAGCUUCUACAAUGAGCAUGAAGACAAAUCAUUCAUCUUUAUCACAGACCAGGAGCAGCACUGGGGCAACACAGCCAAAUAUUCCCCUUCCCAAUCUCCCAGUUGGCCCAGGUGACACGAUAUCUAUGGCAAGCAUUCAGAACUGGAUUGCUAACGUCGUCAGUGAAACCAUUGCUCAAAAGCAAAAUGAGAUUAUGAUGCUGUCCCGUCCAUCGUCUGCAAUGGCCUCCAGUGUAAUGUCAGGAGACCUUGGCAGGCGUAUAGAUGACGAUAAGAUUUCCCUUCUCAGUUCUCAGUGUGGCUCAUCUUUUUCUGCCUCUCAUCUUGGUCAGCAAGACAUGCACAGGGCUGAGUCUCAGUCUGUCCUGUCUUGCAAUACCUCUGUGAGUGCGAGGGCAGAAGGGACUAGUGCAAACACGAAGACUAUGCAAACAAGCAAACCACUGUACAGCCUCUUUGCUGAUGAUGUUGAUCUAAAGAAACUCAGCAGGAAGGAGAAGGAGAUACAGAUGGAAAUGAGAGAGAAAAUGUCAGAUUACCAAAUUGAAAAGGUGAUAAGCGACAAUAAACGCAGUACUCUAUUUAAGAAAAAGGUGACCAAAGGAGAGGAAAAUGAAACAGAAGAUGAUGUAGAAAGUGUAACAAACUACAGGCACCCACUGCAAGCAGAUCUAGACAGAAAUGAUGCAAUCUUUACUCUGUCCAGUCUAUCUGCAAACACAGGUGCACUUAAGUCGGAAGUACAGACUGAUGUUACCAAGUGGCUCAGUGGCCUGAAAGCAGAAAAACAAUCAUCGUAUCAUGAUCAAAGUGAGAAUUUCAGAGAGAAAUAUAGCAGAUCAUCCAAAGUAAGAGAGAUGGAUUCUGAAACAUCCAGUUACAGAUUCUCCAGAUCCCAAAGAGAAGAGCUUGACAGUUCUUCCUAUGAGUCAAAAGGAGAUUCGCUGAGAAGCGUGUCAAGAUUUUCCUCUGCUUCGGCAAAAGAGGACAAAAAGAUGUAUAAGUUCUCAAGGUCGAGGGUCAGUGAGACAACAAGUUCUGGUGAAAAAAGCCCAGAACCACAUUUUUUUAGCCAAACACCAGAACCAUCCUAUGACUCUGAAUCCCCUGAGUCAUCUACACAGAGUCGAGUUAGAUCUCAUCACGUGGAGGCAUGUGAAGAGGAGGCCAUGUCAGACACGUCAGAAUUUGGAGCUAAGAGAAAGUUCACCCAGAGCUUUUCAAAGUCUGAAGAAAAUGGAAAGAAAGAGGCAAAAGUGGAACAAAGUGAGGAGAGAUUUGCAUCUAGACAGUUCUCUCAGUACAAGCGAAGCGUGCGUAAAGAGGAGGAUGAAGAAUUGGAUGAUGAUGCUAUUAUUGCUGCAUGGAGAAACCGACUAGAAGAAACUACUGCAAAGCUCCGUCGGAGAAAGGAAGAGUGACCAAGGAUCAGAUUAGAGGAACACAAGCAGAGUACAAUCUAGCGGAGAUGCAGAAAGCAUGGGAUUAAUACAGUCUCGGGCUCGGAAACGGAAACUGCAUGCUCAUACACUCCAGCAGAAUCUGCGUGAGAGCUCCCUGCCCACUCUAUGGAAUUUCAUUUGCCAUUCAGAAAAACCGAUCUGCAUUAAUUUUCUGCCUGUUUAGUUGUGAAGGAACCUUCAAAAAUGUGAACCAUGUGUAACAAAUAAACAGUUCUCCAGAGAGAUUGGAUCGUUGCUUUAAAUGGUGCGUGAAUUGCCCCAGUCUUCUCAGAAAGGUGUUCACUUCUUUGCCUGGGAGUAAUCAGUUAAAUGCCAACAAGAUUUGUUGUAUUGUUCUUUGCAUUAAAAGUGGAUAGAGGUUAAAAGUAGUUGUGGUGAGGUGCGGGAUUAGGCUGCUUACACUGCUGGUACCAGCGUAAUCAGUUUAGAUGAGCACUCUGUCAUUUUGGCUAACCUUAUGAACAUGCAUUUUUUGGAUAUGGAAGAAUUGUAUCUCUUCUUUUUUUUUUUUUUUUUUAAAUUUUAUUUUUCUGGACUGCCUUUUGCUUUCCAGUACAUUAUAUUUUAUUCAGAAGCUGAUUUCAUGUUACUUUCUUUUAUCCUUCUGUUACAGUUGUUCAGUAUCUUCUCAGCUCAGUGUUUUUCUGUGACUGCUGUUCCCCUACCAGAGUGUGCACUUGCACCCUCUCCCAAAUAUGCACACAUGCAUUCACAGACACACACAUUUAUGAGUCAUGAGAGCAAACAACAAUAUGGUUUAGUUCCUCCCUGAGACCAACAGGUUAAAGUAAAUGUUGGAAUGUCUAUGUCAAGCCACCCAGAUGCGGUGGUGCAAAAAUCACCUUAGAGAGCAGGAGAAGGGACAGCCUGUUUGUGCUUUGAGCCUUCCCCUAUACAUUGUGUUUCAAGUAUAUUUGUUAUCUUUAAAAUAGAUAAACUUCAUCCGUAUGCAAAAAAUGUAACUGCUCCCACAGUGAUUCAAACCUGGGAAAUGUUAGACAGUGUGGUUAACUUUUAGUUAGGGCACGGGUGUCCUGGAAGACAGAGAUGAGUGUAAUGGGAAACUAGCUUCAUUGUUAACUGUGGAGAGAACAAUGUCCCUCCAUAAUCAAUCAAUCAAUCACUUAGUGUUUUCCAGCGCACCCUUCAUGCCAACAUGCCUGAAUGCUUUACGGUCAUUAAAUUAAAUCAAAGAACACACCACAAAAUGGACAAGGCCAGAUCAAUAAAUCUUGAAACCUGAUUCAAACUUACCAAGGACUCUGAACAAGUAGCCACAGAAGGAAGAACAAAUCCAUUCAGAAGGGCAUGUACAUAGGCAUAAAACUGAACCAAGACAUAGGUGAUGUUAAUUAGAAGACAGAAAUGCUUAAAGGAACUGAUAGUUUUUAUGGCAUCACCUGACUACCAACAGCAUCUGUCACCCAGUGCUCACAGUCCUAUAGUCCUUUUGGAGUUCUGAGUGACAUUAGAAAACAACUGUUGUGGCAAUAACUGAUUACAACUGGCCAGAUAGCUGUUCUCUUCAGGUCACAUACUGCCAGUGAUGUACUUAACUUCAAAGGUUAACCUGUUUGUGAUCUCUACAUUUGAGUAUUGCAGGACACAGCAUCAAAGAAAGAUGUAGCACACAUCGGUUGGUAUUAAAGAUUUUAUGACUUCAUGCAUCUUCAUGGAUCAUCCUAGCAAUCUUUGUUAUGAUCUUUGUUAUGAUUGCAUUUAAUGCAGAUCUGGUCCAAGGCCUUCUGCUGGUCUGGUAGAUCUUCUCUUUCUCCCUGUUGGAGAGGAGAGCUUUAUGAUAACACAGUGUCCUUUAAGAAACUGCCAAUUAAUGGGAAGCUUUAUACAUCGUGCUCAUAGAAAUUUCUCUGUCACUGCUAUAACCUAUGGAGGUUCACUCACAGAGCAGAUGAAAUGACCACAGGCCUAAGUACAUCCAAAAUUAAAUGCAAAAUCCGGUUCUUCAACUUAACCUUCCCUCCCUGGAUAGUUUUGCAAGGCAUGUGCUGCUUAGUCUGUGAAUUGGAUCUGAAGUACUGCCUGGAGGCAAAGGGUCAGAGAAGAUUCCACAUAUGAAAAGCAGGAGGCCCUUAAGAGGGUGCAACCUCAGUUGCUGAACAGACACCAAAAUAGGAUGGAUAAAAGCCCACAUGAAACUCAGGUAUGUGAGCAAGCAGAAGCUGACAGUCGCCCCUCAGGAAUGCAGUAUAAAGCUUUCACUUCUGCAGGAGACGAGAUCUGAAGGUCUGCUUCUUGGGAGCAAUCAGACCUGACCUGUUGCAUGGUGCUGCAGUUGCAUAAUUGAAUAGUUGUCUCAGUUCAUCCCAAAGAGAGUGUUCAUGGUGGCAGUAGACAUAUGAAAUUUGUAAGUCAUUAGGGAUAAAAGGGCCUAUGCAAGGAAAGGUCAGACGUUAUCCCCAUGACCGGCAGAAGGGGUCUGUAUUAAAACAAAGAAGGUAUUUGAUUUUCCUUUGAACAUGGGCAGAUGAUUCAGACCCACCUGCCCUUCAUAUGCUCUGUCUCUCCCCUUCCCAUCUCCUCUCUUUUGAAACAGAUUUGAGUCCAUCCACUUUUAUAUUUUCAAACAAAACUCAUAAAAGGGCCAUAAAUAUCAUGACUCGCUAAAAUGAAAGCUGUUUUCUUCUCCUCCCAGGAGACUCCUGCCUGAGAGAGAGACAGAAAGAGUUCACCUCUUUGAAAAUUCCCCCCUCAGCUGAAGUAAAGCUGGUAUCUAAGAGCAGUCUUCAAGGCUUUGUUCUUAUCAUCUUGACCUGGCUUUGUACUGGCUUCUCUCUGUAUUGCCUGUGGAAGUGUGAAGGACGGGGCGAGGGGAAGGAAUUUUGGCUAUCACUGGCAGAGCAAGGGUCAUGCUUGGAAAAGGGAUCUCAUUGUGGUUUCAGAAAAUGUUAUAAACUCAGCACACUGGCAGAAAGAAUGAAGAAGCUCAUUCCCCUGCUAGAUCAGACCAGUGGUCCACCCCUUUUCUCUCUGAUGUUGGCCAGAACAAGAUGCAUCUUAGAAGGUCUAAAGAAAGCCUAAGUGGGCAAUUAUGGGAUAACCUGCCCUGAGUUGAAUUUUUCUCCCUGCCUGGCCCAAAGUCCUCCUUCAUCUCUCUGCCUUGGUUAGAGUUCAAGUUUCUUCCCUGAAGCAUGACAGCUUCUCUCCCUUCCAAACUGCUUUUCAUCCUGGCCUGUCUAAUGCAGCUGCCUAUGACAGUGUUGUGAUGGGAUGUAUAGGUCUUGUCCAUUGAGAGCCUGUGACACAUCACAGCCUUACUGGAAAGAGAGAUGGAGAGGUGAAGAGGAGGCAAGGGAGGGGAGCAUAAACUCAGAUGAAAUAUCUAUCAGAAAGCUGGAAAGAAGAGUGAGUGGCUGAGAAGCUAAUUGCUGCCUGCUGACCUGGGCUGUGCAGAUAGCUUGCAAGUGAGCAUUUUGGCUUUUCAGAAAUUUCAGCCUGGCGCACACUGGGAAAUUCAGCUCUUGGUUGAAGCUAGUGUUCAACUAUACUUAUAUAUAUGUGUGUGUGUAUAAUAAAUCUGUAUUUUUUACAGCUGUAGAAGUAUUAGAGUGGUCCUGAGAAAACUAUUCUGUUUCAUUCUGAGAGAACUUUUCCUUACACAUCAGUUCAUUACUCAUUUCUGGAAAGAAGUAUUGGAGUAACCAGGAGCUAACAGACAUUAAACAGGAAUUUAAAACA